CCACCACCACCAUCACCGCCACCACCACCACCACCGCUACCAUCAUCACCACCAUCGUCAUCAUCACUUCCACCCGCGUUCUCAGUGUCAAACGAACGACGCGUCUGUUGAUGACGAGUGCGUUGUCUGUCACGCGAGGAGUCCGCCUGGAGAAAAGACCUUCUUCUGCGAACAGCGAAUUUCUAUAUCGAUCGAUAUCGCGUCCGACAAGAUACCGAUACCCUGUAAUCCCUCGAGGGAAGAAGUCUAGGCGCACCGAUAUCAUUCUUCGUCUUCUCCUUUCACCGGCGGAGAUUCGCGACGCAACCCCCGUCAUUUUCGACGUCGAGGAGGCCCGACCCUCGAAAUACGAGGGCAUCGCCCGCCGAGAGGAAAGGCGAUAGACCUUCCCUCGACGACGACGUGGAUGGACGCUCUUGGUAAGAGGUUUCCCGCUUAAUUGAACGCUCGCGACGCACACGGAGUAGGAUUUUCUUCGACAUUCUCGAGGAGGCCGGAAGGUGCAACGAGAGUGCGGAAGGAGAAACUGAAAAACGAUACCCCCCAGUGCGUCCAGACUUCUUCUCUCGAGAGAUUAUAGGAUAUUCGGUAUCCUGAUGGACGCGAUAUCGAUCGAUAAAAAUUCGCUGAUCGCGGAAGGAAAAGAUCUCUCCUGUCAAAUUCCUCGCGCGAGAGACGACGCAUCGCGAGCGUUCUUUCUGUCAAAGGCAAUAAGAAUGACUUGAGAAAAAAUCAUCUUGGUCUCUGCGUGUAUAUCUGAGGACGAUUAUCUCGUGAAAAAGAUAAUUCACCGAAAAAAUUGAUUCGAUGUCCGUCGCGCAAUUUUUAUUAAUUACUCGUAUAGUUAAAUGGUGUCAAGAAGAUCCAUUCAGUUUUUAUUAGUUUAAUCAUAUUUCGCAUGUUUUAUAUAAUAUUUCUAGACAGCUGGAUGCUGAUGAUUGACGGCAAUUAUCCAUAUUUUUACUCAUCGUAGAUCUAUCAAAUUAAAUCGUCAUCAUGUAUCAGUCAAUUAUUUCUAUAAAAAUAAUUUAUAAACGAAUUCGAUAGUAAUUUUUAAUUAAGCAGAAUCAGAUGAAGUCUUGAAGAGUGCAUUCUUAUCGAACUGGUUUCCUUGACAAUUGGGGAACACUUGUGUCAGUGACGUAUUGUGCGCCGUCGUCAUCAGAUGCAAUUUUCGUCGAUGUAUCAUCGAAUGCAUCAUUCCAAUAAUAAUUGCUGGGAUAUUCUUGUCGUCUCAGACGAGGGUGGUCUACUGCCGGACAGCGGAAGCGGCGUCGUCGAGAAUAACGAAGCGAAUGGCGCCUGCGUGAACGAUCGCAUCCUCCAUUAUCAUCAUCAGCAUCCUCAUCAUCAUCAUCAGCAGCAGCAGCAGCAGCAUUCGCCGACGGAGGAGCCGGAGCUGCACGAUCUCCUGCAAUUCCGCGAGACCGGGACCGGGUCGUCCGGGCCGGAACGGGAGGACAUGGUCGCCCAGGAAAUGGCACAGGGUUACACGCAGCUCCUACACUCGGUGGCGGUCCAGGAGCCGCAGGAGUUCAUCUCCCUGCAGGAGCUGCAGCCGCGCAUCCACCAUCAGGACACCUGCGCGCAAAUCGUCUCGUCCGUCUCCCAACUUUAUCAUCAUCAGCAGCAGCAACAGGCGACCAACAGCCAACAGGAUUAUUAUAAUCUCUCGUCCGUGCAGAAAAGUUCCUGCUCCACGGUUUAUUUCGGCGAGAUAGACACGGGUUCCGGGGUGGGAGAGCUAACCACCGCCUCGGCGGGGGCUGGUGGCGAAGGUCUCGCCCCGACUCCAACCCCCGCCAACAGCGGCAGCAGCAACAGCAGUGGCGUCAGUACCACCACCACCCCCAGCCCCAACCUAACCCCCAGCAGCCUCAGCACCGUUACAACUACCACCACCACCUUCACCACCAGCAUCGCCACCAUCCCGCAGGUUGCAACGGGGGCUGAACCGCCCCGGCACAUGGAGACACCCCCGACGAUGGUCCCCGACCAGCAGGCACCCGCCUCCGGCCAUCACUAUCAUCAGCACCAUCACCACCACCACCACCACCAUCACCAUCAUCGACAUCACCGUAGCAUGUCUAACCAUGAACCGGCGACCGACACUUCGGACGAGUUCGCGCCGAUCGCGAAGAAGCGGAAGCUUUCUUGCCAUACUGCAAGCGAUCUCUUGGACGAUCAGGGAGACGACGCCAAGUCUGUUCGCACAAACGACGACAGUAAAAAGCAGAACCACAGUGAAAUUGAAAAGCGAAGAAGAGACAAGAUGAACACGUACAUUACCGAGCUCUCGGCGAUGGUGCCAAUGUGUCAUGCGAUGUCGCGAAAGUUGGAUAAGUUGACCGUGCUGAGAAUGGCGGUGCAGCAUCUCAAGACCAUCCUCGGUGCGGUUACCUCAUACACGGAAGGUCACUAUAAACCUGCGUUUCUCAGCGAACAGGAACUCAAGACGCUCAUACUUCAAGCCGCGGAAGGCUUUGUAUUCGUAGUCGGUUGCGAUCGUGGAAGAAUUCUCUAUGUUUCUGAAUCCGUCUCGCAGGCUCUCAAUUAUUCUCAGGGUGAUCUGUUGGGUCAAAGCUGGUUCGACAUCCUGCAUCCGAAGGAUGUUGCCAAGGUAAAGGAGCAACUCUCAUCUUCCGAUCUCAGUCCAAGGGAGCGAUUGAUCGAUGCGAAAACGAUGUUACCGGUGAAAACUGACGUGCCCCAGGGUGUAUCACGACUCUGCCCCGGAGCGCGAAGAUCUUUCUUCUGUCGGAUGAAGCGUAAAGUCGACGGGGUCCGUUGCGACGAGAUGCAGGUGAAAGAGGAAGCCGACACCACCACUGGUUGUCACAGGCGGAAGAAACAGCAAAGCGUAGAUUGGAAAUACUGCGUGAUUCAAUGUACGGGUUAUCUGAAGUCUGGGCGCCCGCAAAAAUCGGCUGAAGAGCAGGAGGGUGAAGCUGACGGUGAAGCUUGCAAUUUGUCCUGCCUAGUCGCGGUUGGUCGGAUCCAAACGGCGAUACCAACGGCUACGUUAUCGUCGAGAAAGCCUCAUUUGAGACCUAUACAGUUCGUCUCUCGACACGCGAUGGAUGGCAAAUUUCUGUUCGUGGACCAAAGAGCUACUCCAGUAUUGGGCUUUCUACCUCAAGAACUGCUGGGCACCAGUAUGUACGAAUACUAUCACCACGAUGAUAUUCCUCAUCUAGCAGAGUCUCACAAAGCAGCGUUGCAGACCUUUGAACGCGUUACCACGCAGAUUUACAGGUUCAGGAGUAAAGACGCGAACUUCAUUAGGUUGCAAUCCGAGUGGAAGUCCUUCAGAAAUCCAUGGACCAAAGACAUCGAGUAUCUAAUCGCCAAGAAUUCUGCUAUCUUGUGA